UCUGUUGCGACCUUGUCGAAUAGGUUGCGACCUAACCACGUGUGCCACCUACAGUCACACAAAGUCGAUUUGACAUCAAUCAAGAAGCAUGGCUACACAACGACUCUGGAAUAGUAUGGCUGCACAAGGAGUGCUGCACAACAAAGUAAGAAAUCUUUUACAAAUCACACAGAAACGGCAUCGGGUAAAAACUAAAUGGGCAGCGACUCACCCAAAAUUAACUGCCACUAAUCUUGCCCUGCAGAACUUUGACGCAAUGUACAGCAUGCAACUUGGAGAGCUGUGGCCUUCGGUACGAGUUAGCUUGCUCUCUGAGCGUAAAUAUGGUGCUCUGGUCAACAACUUCUCGUGUGGCGACCCUGUCACAGAUCUACAAUCUCUUGGUUGUCGGGAUUUUAUUGCCUCAAGUUCUACAGCAGCCGAUCCUUUUUCACCACCAUACUCUGGAUCGCAUCAAUUUUAUCAGCACAUUGUUAACGAAGGAACCGGCAUUGAUUUGGCUAGAACCUUCAUUAGCCCAAACGUUAAAUGCUUGGUUUUCCCUAAAGGGGACACAUCUCGCUUCAAGCCAGCAAGGCUAGAUAGUGCUGGCCUUUUGACGUACUACCUCAUGGAUGCAGCCUCUGUCCUUCCUGUCCUCGCUUUGAAUGUUCAGAAAGAAGAGUCGGUGUUGGAUCUCUGUGCUGCUCCAGGUGGAAAGACUUUAGCACUUCUCCAGACACAAGCUGUCAGGUUCAUUUGGGCUAAUGACUGGUCAGGGUCUCGUAUGUCUCGUCUUCAAAGGACUCUCAAUUCCUGUCUUCCACAUGACCUCCUUUCAGAGGAUAAGCUGUGCAUCACUUCAUUUGAUGGACGUGAAUGGCAUGAACUGGGGGGAAAUACCUUUGACAAAGUCCUGGUGGAUGUUCCCUGCACUACUGACAGGCACUCUUUAAUAGAAGAGGACAAUAACAUAUUUAGUCGUUCCAGGACAAAGGAGAAGCGAAAUCUACCUUUAUGUCAGACUCAGCUAUUACUGACUGGACUCCAAGCUGUAAGGAAAGGAGGAGAGGUUAUGUAUUCCACUUGUACUCUGUCACAACUACAAAACCAAUGUGUGGUAGAGCAGGCAAUAAGCCUGGCAAACCAGGAACUGGGAAUAACUGCAGAGAUAGUUGAUCUCCAACCUUUCACCACUCUCUUUAAGGACACUUUCCAUUUUGCUCCAGACCUAAAUGUUGGUGCGAUGGUGUUGCCUCACCUCACUGCCAACUUUGGACCCAUCUACUUUUGCAAACUGCGACGCCUCAGUUAAAAGCUAACAAAAAACUCAGUGAGCAACUGUUUUGGAUGUGCGCAUUAUAUUCCACAGGAUACUCGGUUUCCCACACUAUAUGAAAGCUUAUGCUGCUUAAGUACAACAUUGUAGCUGAUUCAAGGAUGGAUUUUCAGAUAAAGAUACCAGUGUGUGAAUGCUGUCAAAUGUUAGUUUUUUUUUUACAUAUCUGUAUGAGAGGAGGUUGUUUUCAUUAAACAGAAAUGACACCAA